AUGGACGAGGCCGAUGGGCGACCAGACCCGUAUAUCCGGGCCCACCACGCAGAACACCUGGAGAAGGCGCGUGUAGCCGUCGCGGGGAUACUCAAUGCGCCAAAGGACGAAUGUGUAUUUGUGAAGAACGCAACCACCGGCGUCGCAACAGUGCUGUACAAUUUGAAUUUUCAGUCUGGAGAAGCCAUCAUCUUUUUCGAGUCAGUCUACGGAGCUGUGGAGAAGAGUAUUGUUUCCUUGCAAGAGCACUCGAAUCUUGAGUCUCGAAAGGUGCCAUUCCAGUUCCCUAUCUCGGAAGACGAGCUCGAGAGCCGAUUCCGGGAAGUUGUCCGUAAGACUCGCGAAGAAGGUCUCAAGGUCGUGGCUGCUGUUUUCGAUACCAUCGUCAGCAACCCAGGAUGUCGCUUUCCCUUUGAGCGGUUCACUGCCAUCUGUCGUGAAGAGGACAUUCUUAGCGUGAUCGAUGGCGCCCACGGCAUUGGACAGAUCCCACUUGACUUGGAAAAAUUACAGCCCGACUUCUUGGUGUCUAACUGUCACAAGUACGAUGUCCCCGGUCUCCCCUAUUCCUGGCUUUGGCCGGAAAAAACAUUCAAGACUGACUUUCCCUACAGGUGGCUCUACACGCCUCGCAGCUGCGCUGUUCUCUAUGUCCCUAAGCGCAAUCAGCAUUUUAUGCGUACCACUCUUCCCACUUCAUGGGGCUUCAUCCCUGGCCCCUCGUCCACUGACACCCGGCAAUCAGUUCUUGCUGAUCCAAACACCGUUAAGAAAAGUACUUUAUUCGAAGGAUUAUUCGAAUUUGUUGCCACAAGCGAUGACUCCGCUUACAUCUGCAUACCAGCCGCGCUGCAAUUCCGCAAGGAGGUCUGCGGCGGAGAAGAGGCUGUCAUGUCCUAUUGUACUGAUCUCGCCAUCGAAGCCGCCGACAUUGUCGCAUAUAUCCUUGGGACAGAGGUUCUGCAAGAGCCGGACCUGAAGCCCGGAGAAACGAGCAAUAUGCGCCAAUGUGCCAUGGCAACGGUGCGCUUGCCUAUUGCUGUUUCCGAUGAGCCUGUUUCAGGUGCAGCUGUGACGAUUUCACCAAACGAGGCCCCUGGGGUCUUUUCAUGGAUUCAAACGACCCUGAUGAAAGAGCAUGAUACCUUUGUCCCUGUUUUCCGACAUGGCUCGUGGCUGUGGACUCGGCUGAGUGCUCAAACGUAUUUGGAUAAGAGUGACUUUGAGUGGCUGGGAGGUAUUCUGCGGGACCUUUGCGAACAAGUUGCGAAGAAGGAGGGGAAGUGGACUGCCACUUUGGCUGUUCAUUGA